CCACGACCGCGACAUGUCCCAGCCAUCCCAUAAACGUGCUCGGAUCCAGCGCUCUCCCUCGCCAGUGUACAAACUGGACGAUGAAGAUGACUCCUAUGAACCGUAUGUCCCCGUCGCUCAAAGACGUCAGGCGAAACUCGCAAAACUGACGUCUUGGGGUGCCAAUACGGAAAAGGACAAGGCCAAGCAGCUUUUGGAGGAGCUGGAGGAAAAGGACGAUGAGGAGCGGGAGGAGGAGCGGCGAAAGGAGAAGGCACGGAAGGAGAGGACUCUCCUAAUGGAAGCACAGGAAGUUCACGGCAGGAAGGCAGUCGAGGAUGCCAAGAAGACCGACGCAGAGAAAGCGGAAGAACAAGACGCUGAAAUCUUGGCCGCAAUUGCUGCGCGCAGGAAGCUCGCCUCCGACCUUGAACUAGCCAAGGGCGUGUCAUAUACUGAGCCUUUGAAGUCUUCAUGGCGACCGCCCAAGUUCGUGCGCGACCGAACUGAAGAGGAGAACAUGCGUAUACGGGAGCAACACCACAUCCUUAUAGAGGGAGAUGACCUUCCUCCACCUAUCGACAACUUCACAGACAUGAAAGUGCCCGAACCUCUCGUGAAAUUCCUUAAGACGAAGCGAAUAACAAAACCUACACCUAUUCAACUGCAAGGAAUACCCACAGCUUUCUCUGGUCGUGACAUGAUCGGAAUCGCGUUCACUGGGUCGGGAAAGACGCUUGCGUUCUGCUUGCCUCUGAUCAUGCUAGCGCUCGAGGAAGAAGCCCGGCUCCCUCUAAGCCGAGGCGAAGGCCCCGUUGGUGUCAUUCUCUGUCCCUCCCGAGAGUUGGCCACCCAGACCUACGAGAACAUUCUUGUCUGGACAGCGGCGCUAGCCAAGGACGGCCGCUAUCCGCAGCUCAACACCCUACUAUGUAUCGGUGGUAUUUCCAUGAGCGAGCAAAGCCAUGUAUUCAACAAGGGCAUACACGUCGUGGUCGCCACUCCAGGGCGACUGAUCGACAUGCUGGAGAAGAAGCGGUUCACGUUUGACAACUGCAAAUACCUCUGCAUGGACGAGGCUGAUCGCAUGAUCGACUUGGGUUUCGAAGAAGAUGUACGAAACAUCAUGAGCUUCUUCAAGCGGCAAAGGCAAACACUGCUGUUCUCCGCAACCAUGCCCAGGAAAAUUCAGGACUUCGCUCAGCAGUCGCUCGUCAAGCCCGUAUUAGUAAACGUCGGACGUGCCGGUGCCGCCAACUUGGACGUUCUGCAGGUUGUGGAGUAUGUCAAACAAGAAGCGAAGAUGGUCUACCUCUUGGAGUGCUUGCAGAAGACGCCUCCACCGGUCAUCAUCUUCAGUGAGAACAAGAACGAAGUCGACGAUAUCCAGGAGUAUCUCCUCUUGAAGGGUGUGGAGGCAGUCGCCAUUCACGGUUCCAAAUCCCAAGAGGAACGCCAAUACGCCAUCAAGGCGUUCAAGUCCGGCGCAAAGGACGUGAUGGUCGCCUCCGGCGUAGCCUCCAAAGGCCUCGACUUUAACGACAUCCAGCACGUCAUCAUCUUCUCCAUGCCCAAGGAGAUCGAGGACUACGUGCACCAGAUCGGGCGCACGGGCCGCAGCGGAAAGACCGGGAUCGCGACCACGUUCGUGAACAUGAACACGCCCGAGCAGACCCUGCUCGACCUCAAGUACCUCCUCAUGGAGGCCGGCCAGAAGGUUCCGCCAUUCUUGCUCAGCAUCGACGAUCCCCGCGCUGCGCAGGGGGGCUCGCUCAAGGGCUGCCCGGUGUGUGGUGGCCUGGGCCACGGGAUCUCGAACUGCCCGAAGCUGGAGGACACGCAGCGGCGGCAGAUGGCAUCUCACCGCGGGGACGACGGGGGAGGAGGAUACUAGUGUAUAUUGUUCUUUGCUAUAUUUGCGUCGCUUUUUCCCGUGUAACAAUUCAGCG